GCUUGGAGCUCCGUUUGAUAUCACAGUUCAGUCUGCCCUCAAGCUAAUCACACCUAGCCAACCCGAACCCAAAAAACCAAUCAAAAUGUUCGCCAAGAUUGUGCUCGUUGCCCUCUGCGUGGCCUCUGCCCAGGCUGGUCUCCUGCCUUUCCAUGCUCCUGCCCCCCUGGCUGCUCCUCUGGGAACUCCCUUCGCCGCUCCUCUGGCUGCUCCACUGGCUGCUCCUGUGGCCACUGCCGGCGUGGUGGCUCCCUAUGCCUCCAGCUUCAAUGCCCACCGCAUCAACCACGCCGUCGCCUACCCAGUGGCUCCUGCCCCAGCUCCAGUGGCCUUCGCUGCUCCCGUUCCUGCUCCUCUUCCAGUUCCUGUGGCUGCCCCAGCUCCAGUGGCCUUUGCUGCUCCUGCUCCCGCUCCCGUGGCCUUCGCUGCACCUGCUCCUCUGCCAGUGGCUGCUGCCCCUGCUCCCGUUGCCUUUGCCGCCCCCGCUAAGGUUGGAUUUGGACCCUUCGCUGCUCCCGUGGCCGCUCCCCUGGGAUUCGCACCUGCUCCGGCGCCUGUGGCCUUCGCCGCCCCCGCCAAGUUCGGAUUCGGACCCUUCGCCGCUCCCCUCGCUGCUCCAGUGCCAGCGCCCCUGGCUGUGGCCCCCAAGUUCGCCCCCGCCCCGUACUUCUUCUAAGGAUUCAGCCGCAGGAUCACCCAACUCACCCACAUCCGUCCUAUUAGCUUGUAGAACUAGCCCAAAUCUUCAUACCCAGAGAGCAGCAAUGCUUGGCGAAUAAACAAUUAAAUCAUUUAUCAAUUUA